UCGAUAGUCUUUUAUGAUGAUGAGCUCUUUGGUUAGUCAAGAUUAUGAUGCAGAAUCAGGAAGCCAUCAUUCCGCCCCCGUUACUAGUUAUCCCUCAUCAGGUUUGGCUUCUUCAGCAACGCAUCGCGGAUUUUCCCCAGCUCGACGGCUUUUUUGUCUUCUUGCACUCUUCGAUUUCUUGGCCAUCUUGUUUAUUUGGAUUUUGUACGCGCAUGUAAGUAAUCUGCUUUUUUUUUUGUUUUUUUUUUGUUAAAGGUAUGUUGCUUAGGGUUAGGGUUAGUUCGCAAUAAGCGUAAUGACGAAAGCGGAAAUAAUUAAUAUUCUAUGUAGGACAGUACAUUGUGUAUAGACGCAAGAUACAGAAGCAAGUUCACACCAGUAUGCAUAACUGUCGUCCCGAUGAGAUAUCAUGCAUUUCAGGCAUUUUCAAGUCUAUAAAGUGCCUGUUAUCACUUAAAUCUCAGUUAUUUCCAUGGCUUUAUAUUUCACUUGAGCUCAAUCAAACGUUUUCGUUCGGGAUCCUCGGAUAAUUCACGCAAGAGUUAGAGAUCACAUGAUCACGUAUAAUUUCCUUUUGAUACCAGUACUAUUUUCUACCAUUAGUGUUGCAUAGACAUACACUGUAAUCGAUAAGAAAAGAAAAAAGUCAUUCAUCCAUAAAAGUUUUUGAAAAUCAAUUUCACACAAUUUUUGCAGAAACUGCCAAAGAAAAUACAAGCUCUUGAAAAUUUACACUUAGGACUUUUUAAAAUUUUUUUCUUGAAGACUGAUGAAUAUAAUGAAGGCCUAUAACAUACAUUCGCUAGCUACUUUGUAAAUUUUGAUCAAAGACAUAAAUUUAAGUAUGUUUUGAAUUGAUCAUAAGUCUGGGAUUUAAUCCUUUAACUCUCAUGAGUGACCAAGACAGAAUUUCUCCUUACAAUAUCAAUACAUAUCAAGCCAACAACUGAUGAGAAAAAAAAAGUAUCAAUUAGGGAAUUAUCAGUUGAUCCAGAACCAAAUUCUUUGAACUAACUUCAUGAGAACUGUAGACAGUGAGAAGAAUUACUAAUAAGAUUCUGGAAGUGAAAAGGUUAGAUUACUGGAAAAUUAGAUAACUAGUGUUGAUUACUAGACCAUUGAUAGAAAAGAAACAAUUUAAAGGUGUGUCUUGGUACUUUAAAGAUAGUAGAUUUCAACUGUAAAAAUUUGGUGCGCUUAUUAGCUCAGUGAGAUUUGUGACAAUGCUUCCUUCUUCAAGGCUUAGAAAUGAGUGCAAUGUUUUAAAACUUUGUAUGAAUCAAUUUUCAGGGUUUAAGUGGUGAGUUUAAGGAAGAUAUCAAAUCUGAUGUUCAGAAGUACCAUUUUAAAAAAUCUUUGUGUGAUUUAGUGGUAAGUGUUUAACUCAGUGGGAUUUUUUUCUUGUUAGAUGUAAUCCUCAUCACAGAUAAUCUGACACAAUGAUAACCAAACAGUGCUAUUGUCCAGCCAUAUUUACUGAGCAAGAAGUGGUGACUAAAGAUUUUUUUAUACAGCCAAAAUUAAGCUAGUGCUCAACAAUUUUACUCCUGUAACUGCAAAAUUAGUGUGAAACCUCUCCUUGGUUUUCUCAGGUCAUUACCAACCAUCCCCAAUGUAGCUCUAGUCUUUUACAUGUAGUUUUGGGUUUUUAAAUAUGAAUUUUCAAAUUUAUCAGAAAUUCAAUUGGGGCAUUAAGUUUCAAGAUUAAAAAUGUUUUAGUUUGCUAACUCAUGAUGUGACUUGCAUGUUUAGAUGUUGGCAUUGUGGCGGAUGACUGUUCUUCUUCUUGCUUAUGCCCUAUUUGUGAGCCGAAAGUGGUAUGUUGUAGGGGUGAGUAUAAAAGAUUUGUACACCCACCUAGCCUGUAGAGCAGGCAUGAUUGUCACUAGCAAGUGGUAUAUUCUUGUUGUAAAUCAUAGCUGCCAUCUUUGAUUUUUAAAGCAUGGGAAGGCUAGGCAGAGAAAGAAAUUUGUACCAAGGGUGUGCAUGACGGUCGUAAGAAAUGAGAGGGGAGCAGAGGUGGGGUUUUCUCUGCCUUCUUCCCCCUUUGUCCACUCUAACUCUUAAUCAACCUGGCCUCUUGGCCAUCAGAUAAAUUUUUGCGAACUUUUACUUUAACUUGCUCCAAUAACACCCUUGCACUGCAAGCUAACACAUAUCUUGAUAGCAUUAUCUACAGGUGCAUUGUUAACGUAACAUAGUGAUUAAAAUACAGCACAGAAACUCCACUGAAAAUAAUAUUUAGUAAAUAGUUGAGUUGAAUUGAAUGAAUUCUUUGCAGAAAAUUUUUGACAGCAACACUUUGAUUAAAAAAAAAUUUAAAUGUUAGCACGUAUAUGCAGUGUGCACGGCAAAAUGCUUAUGAAUUAGUCAGCCCACCGUCAAGAAAAACUGACCAAUAAGUUUCCACAAGUUAGACUCAUCGUGUCAGACUGAUAAACAACUCCUUGCUUAACUCUGGUGAUGACUUGUGUUCAGGUUGUCAAAAUUUUAGUAACUGCCAGUGCUACGAGUCCUUUUUAGGUGUAUGCUUGCCCUGUAAGAGUAAACAAAUCAAUAAAUUGUAGCUUUAACAGUGCCCAUAUAAUUUAUUGUUUUAAAUUGUGAUUCAUUUCCAGAUCCUGAAGGGACAUUGAGAUAAUUAUUUUUUCUCUGUAUGAUUUUCUUUAAUUUAUAGUUGACAACUGGCAGCUCAACUGUUUUUCUUCUAGUCAAAGCCAUAUUAAUGGAUUUCAAGGUAAGUUAACUUUAUGAACUGGAUAAUGUUAAACACUUAAGGUGUAUCUUAGAAAUGUGUUAAUGAGGCUCAAUAGCAGCAAAGUAAUGAAAACAUAAGAACAGACUUCUAUUUGCACAAGGUACAAAGUACUUGUACUAGUUAGGUAGCAAAACUUUUGGAAAACAAUUGAAAAUUGCUACAAGUGGUGCAGUUAACAUUUCCAAUUUUGUACAAGGAUUUAUGACUUGCUUGUUUUUGUGGUACUUUUGAAAAUUGUUUUCUUUGACUGACUCUUUUAUCAAAGGGGACAGUCAUAUUUGAGAGCUCUUUUUUGGUGCAAAGCAAAUCAGGGUUAAAGGGGUGCAUGGAAAAAAGGCCUUAGUGACUUAUUAUCAGCUACUGUUGUCUCAUUUCAAAUUGACUCUUCUUCCCUUUUGAAACAGAGGGAGAAUUAAGCGUUGCAUCAGUUGCUACUCAAGUUUGUAUUCCAUGCUUCCCUUUUUUUGAUACUUACCAAUCCCUUCUUUUUGUUGGCCACCAAAAAAAUAAUGGAUCAUCACUAGUUACACAGCAACUUUUUUUCUUCCUUGUUGGGAUCAUGCUCACAAUUUGCAAUAUGUACUUAUUCCUGUCAUAAAAACUAAGUUGCUAUAAAGAAAUAAAAAAUCCUUAUGCUCACAAUUCACAGCUAAGAAUCAAGCCUUGUAUUGCUCAAGUUUAAGUAAUAAUUUGUUCACCUAAUGUUACAAUUGACCCUUGUUUAAGUUAUGUCAACUUUUUCACUCCAAAGAUCUCAUUAGUAACUCUUCUUACUUUCUGCCAUGGAAUUCUUACAAUGUUACUUCAGAGGAUCAACCAAUACAUGUAAUCCCUUAAUUGAUAUUUUUCUUUAUUCUCAUCACUUGUCUACUUAAUAUUGUUUUCAUUUUUGUAAGGAGAAGUUCUGUGUUGGUCACUAUGGGAAUUCAAGAGAUAUGGCCAUUUUCCCAUGUAUUGAUAUGUUCAACUUCAGGUCACGGUUUAUAUGAACUUGACACUUGGAGCAAACUUAUGAAAAGUGCCCUUCUCAAAAUGUUCCUUCCUAAAUCCUCUUCUCUAAUGUCUUGCAAACCUGAUUAAAGAUUGAUUCAUGAACAUCCAAUCUAAAUUUAACUGAAAAAUUGAAGGGGAAUUGACACAGUCCUAUCAUCUAAUUACGUUUUCUUUUUGGUUUGUUCCCUGUGCAGUCUCCAAAAGAUGGAACCAGCGCAUAUUUGUACUAUGUCCUAGUCUUGUCGUCGCUUAUUUUAUCGUGGGUAGAAGUUUGGGUUUUUGAUUCUAAGGUAUGUUUCACAAAUGACUAUUUAUUAAGAAAAUAUUCUCUUGAAUGUCGAAAGGAAUCCGAAAUUUUUUGGUUUUGCAUCGAUUCGGUCUGUGAUUGGUCUAGAAAGUCUGCACCUUCCUCUUAACCAAUCAGACGCUAAAGAAAACCAAAGGUGACUUGGUAGCCCGCGUUUUCCCGCGUUUUUGGUAGUUUGCCUGUUUUACUUUGAGUGCUCUUUUAUUUGGCUAAUGAUGAUAUAAAACGUAUUUAUUAUUGUGCAGUGGGAGACACUGUAGCCAUACGGUUAGCGCGUGUGCUGAACUCAGGCAAAUUAUCAGAGAAGCACGACGAAAUUCUGUGGGGUAAUCUUUGGAUGAACUGGCAUCUUCUCCAAGUAGAGGAAGUAGUAAUACUCCGAGUCACUUCAUGCCACAGAAAUCGCGAUAAGUUCCGGCUGGAUGAGUCACGUGGCUCGAUUGCAGACUUGACAUUUUCGCUAAAAGUCACCAGCUACGAUGAAAUGUAUAACAGGCUGAAUUACACACGCGUUUUGAUUGGUCUUUACUCAUGAUCUAUUGGAGGAAAGACGCAUAGAUGGCGUCACCAGUAACACAUUUUUGCCUCUUGAUUGUAUGAAACAAAUGAUCUCCAUGUUGCGGUGCGUCUUUCCAGAAAUAGAUCACAGACGUCAAAAUGUGGUAACACUCGUCUGCGCCUCGUGGGCCACUUUUUUGUUCUCACAAAAUCUUGAGGUCAUCUGUGAUCCACAACUGAACAGGCGCACGGCAUGGAAUCUAUUUGUUAACCCUUUACACCCUAACAUCAGUAUGCAUAUUCUCCAUACUGUUCUCAAUACAUUUCCUACGGUGCUGACAAGGAGAAUUUGUUGAACAAUCUAGAGCUUCUAUUGUUGGUGAUCAUUUCCUUUUUUCUUGUGACCUUUCUGUGUGAUUUGGAGGUGAUAUUGUAAGGAGAAAUUAGAUGCUAGUCACUCUUAGGGGUUUAAUGGUUAAUCUGUCCUCACAGCCACGUUCUAAAAAAAAGUACCACACAAGUAUCACUACAUCUUUCUAUGUAGGAAUCCAAAUCCAACAUACUGACUGUCCCCCGGCUUUAAACAGAUAUUAUAUUUUAAAUCAUUCAGGUUAUCCCUGCUGAGACCAAAGAGGAGCAGCGCCAGUUUCGAGGUACAGUGAAACAUUUACUAAGCGGACCACCAGUUAAGGUGACACCUUCGAUUAAGCAGACACUAAGCCGGGUCCCGAAAUUAAUGUCUUACAUUUCCCUUAGUUUAUAACGAAACCCAUCAGCGUGCACCUCUUUUUAAGCGGACGCGGACACUAACAAAAAUUGUAUUUGGCUAAUUUCUAUCGUUAAAAACCUCUACGAAGUGGACACCAGACUACUGUGUGUAAUUUAUACAUAAACACUGAAAGAGUCAAUGAAUUGCGCGUAUUAUCGUUGUUGUUUUUGUAUUAUUACUUACAAAUUAAGGUUGGUAAUUAACUGUAAUGAACUUGAACUCUGGAUUCCUUCGUAAGUAACAUGGAACUUUGUCGCAGUACAGAGUAACCGUUGAAUGUUAAUCGUUAACAAUUAUUGCGCAAUUUUUACAAACCUCUAUUUAGUGGAUUCCCACUAUGAAACGGACACUUGAGAGGGUUUCGAGGGUAUCCGCUUAACAGAGGUUUCACUGUAUAUUUGAUACUUGUAUGUCCAGAGAGCUAAGUUACUCUCUGACAAUCUUGAUCGACCCGAAAUCUGAACUGUUUUGGAUUAAAAAAAAAAAAAGGAAACCUUUUCGCUUAUGUGGAGGUUCCUUUGCAUCGUGUGAAAUUAAGCUUGGUUUAAGUUUGAUAUGCUUUGUUCUCUACAUAAUUCUUGGGCUCCCUGUGCAUGCCCGUGCUUUCCACCGUAGUGCGCGAGAAAUGUUCUUACGUGGAACAAGCGCGAAUAGUAGAAUUCUAAUUUUCCCAAUGUGACAAACUUUUCGGUAAAAAGGCAAAAGAUUAUUUUGAAAGCUACUCUCAGUAAUACCUCAAACCAUUUGAAAUGGACCCGGGUUAAUCAGAAUUUAUGUCAGAAUAAGUUGUAAAAAAAAUUUUGAUGAAGGAGUUAAACUUGCGCAACCUGGUCUCGUUCGUAGCGUGCACUAAUAAAAGCCUUGUUUGAUAUAUAUUAAAGUUCACACGGCAAUCAGGUGGACAAUCAGACAUAGUUUGAUGCUACACUGGUUUGCAGAUUUAAUGAAUGUAACCGAAGAAGUUACAAUUCAUAGACCCAACGUUUCGACACUCCUGUCUAGUGCCUUCAUCAGGGGUGAUCUAAACGCUGCAACAAGAGGUCCUUUUAUAUGAUCACUAAUUAGCGGCCUUUUUUCUGACGAGGUGUAAAUAGGCGUCAGGAAGCAAACCGCCAUCGUCACGAUUUAAAGGAGCGUGGGCGGAGUUAAUAUGCCAAGCCUCCAAACAAAAGCGCUGGUGGUAGCGCCGAUUAGUGAUGAUAAUUUUAGAAUUAUCCCACCCAAUUGUAUGGUUGGUUAGGCAAGUAUGCUCUGAUAAAGCUUUUUGGUGCUCUUUUAACCGUGUACCAAACUGGCGUUUGGUCUGUCCGAUGUAUUCGUUGUCACAGUCAUUGCAAGGAAUAGAAUAAAUGGCGUCGGUUCGUUGUUCUUUCUUUUCAUUUGCCGUUCUUCAUAACCAUUGAUAAGAGAAAUGAGCCUUUCUCUAAAUGCUUAGUAAUAUAGUAAUAAUAACUAUCUCUUGUUUAUUCUUUGCAGAAGAGAGGAGGUCAUUGUUACGAAAUGAAAACCGCAGGUAAGCCAGACAUGAAGGUAUCUUGGGAUUCAACCUUGUAGCCAAUUAUUCUCAGUUCUUAGUCUUUAACGGUUACUUCGUGAAUCCUCAAAUUAGCACCCAAGGACCCGGGCACCUGUGCUCUUAUUAUUAGUUCAAACAGAGAUGAGCCUGAGAGGCGUCGACUCGAAGAGGCCGCUCAUUAAAGGGGAAGCACAUAUUCCUUUUUUUCUAAAAUUCGUAGCUAGGUAAGAUCGUUUUUGGUGAUAUAACGUAAAGAUUAAGUACAGCUCAUCUUUUUGCUUGAAGAAGACUCGCAAAGGGCGAAACAUCACUGAAUUCACACCGAAAGUGGUCAGGAUUUACGAGAGUAACUUUAUAUAUGAGUAUUUAUUGCAAAGAAAGUAGUUGUUUAAACUCUUUACAGCCCAAAAUCAUGAUCCGUUUUCUCCCUACUGUUUUCAAGACAUUCUAUAAGGUGCUUUCAGGGAGAAUGUGUUUAGCAAUCAAGAACCUCUCUAGUUAAUGAUCGUUUCCCUUAUUCUCAUGACCUUGAUAUGUGAUUCAGGGGUGAUAUUGUAAGGAGAAAUUAGAUGCUGGUCACUCUUAGGUGUUAAAGGGUUAAGAAUAGUAUGUUGCUCUUCUUUUUCAGGCACCUGACUCCUUAUUCGACAAUUUCGGACAAUGCUUUUUACACACCAGAAGGUUGGUUUGAUGUUAGUUAUUGCCUGUAAUUUUCUAACAUGUCAUUCGGUGUCGUUAGACUUGUAGUUGUACUUGUGGGUUUUUUAUUGUUUGAUUUUGUUCAUCUGUGUAAAACUUGUUAAAUAUGUUUCUGAUGAAUAACUGGGGAGGUAAAAGGGCUUCUCGCUGUGAUAUUGUGUACAGCCCAUGUCAUUAACCUAGUCUCUUUUCUCACAGGCUCAGUGAAACUUUAAAAUGUAAGCUAUGUCUCGCUGCAAUUUAUCUUAGUUACUCUUACAAAGAAAUAUCUACCCAUGUUUUGGCAUUCUUCUAUUUGAGUGUCUUCUGGUCAGUGGCUUGAACACCGUAGCUAUUAAGAAUGCAUCGCAUAGAGCCUGUUUGACUUUCAUUUACGCCAACUUGGUUUGAUCUUUUUCAGCGUCUGACGAAGAAAGUGAAAAUGAUAGGGAAGAGGCUGGUAAUUUGACCUUGUCUCAAGAGGUAACUGUUUCUCAUGAACAUUUCCAGUUUAUUGUUCCUUGCCUUAUAUAACCUUUUGUAAAUGGUCACUUUUGAAAACAGCGCAGAAUCCGAAGGUCUGGGGAUUUUUAUUUAUUUUUUUUCCACGCUCGUUACAAGACGAAUAUCAUUUUACCUUAAACAAUUUUGAUUUCUUGAUAAAUGGCCUUAGUUUGAGCUUCUUGUAAUCAAACACCUUAACUAUUGAAAACUUUUAAACACAUUACUCAAAUCGGCCACAUUUGGGGUGCAUAUCGGGAGCUAAGACUGGCCCAACCAAAUGUGCGGGAAACUGGGUCGAGAAUUUCCGGUGAACUUUCUGGGGAUAAAAAAUUGGACAAAAAUCAAACAAAGCUUCCUUACCUGGCUUGGCGCUUCGAGAGUGGGAGUUCUUGUUUUAAUUGCAGUACUACACUUUGAAAGGGCAAUAGACGUAACUUGUCGUUUUAUUUAUUGUUUUUUUACGUGAAAAGUAGUCUUGAUUUCGUGUACUGGACCCACGCCCUUCGAUACGAUGUACCCCAAAGUGUUCAUUAAAUUCCUGUUCCAAAAUGUCUCGUGUGCUCACAGGCGUACCUAAAGAGUGUCUGCACAAUCUAAUGAAUUAAUCUCUCGUUGUUGAUCUGUUUGGCCGUUAAGGAUCAAGAAUUUAUUCAGAGAGGGAAAGAAACGAUGGAGAUAACCUGGGAAAGAAUGCGUCUUAAUGAUGGUUGGAAAACGGAAAAAGCUAAGGUGAGGAUUGGGAAACUGAAACUUCUUUUUCUGUAAGAAUAACUGUUUAAAAUUCCCACCAAGAGCUUGUUCUUGUGGAUUCACCACAAUCGUUUUUCUUUUUUCUCUUUUCACUUUCCUUUUUCUUCCUUUUUAUCUAGGAUGGAGUUGUUGUAGAAAGUAGAGUGAUUCCGCUACCCGCAGGUGGAAAGAAAAUAUACAGAUUAACGGUAAUGAAAGUUUUAUAGGGGAUUUCUAGUGUAGACGCAAUAAACCUUUCCAAGAGAGUAACAAUCGGGUUUGAGGUCUAUUUGCAGUUGUUCUUUCCGAGCUUUGUUACUGACAAGAAAGAAUGCAUCGUGAAAUAUUUCAGAACUGUCGUAAGGCUCGAUGGAUCAAAAGCGUAAAAUCUCUCGUGCGAUGUGCACGAAUAGGGUGUGUGCGAGGCGAAGGCGAAAACAUUGGAAAAGCGAUACGAAUUUGAUGUGAUACAAGAAGUUUCGACAUUCAAUUUUCAGCUUCACUCGCAAACCUUUGUGAAUAAUGAACUCGCACCUCUGUAUUUGUUUAAAACCCUUCUUAACCUUUUGACCCUUAAGAGUGACUAAUCUAAUAUCUCCUCACAAUAUCACCCUUAAAUAAAACAUUGAGGUCACGAGAAUGAAGGAACUUGAUUGUUAAACAAAUUCUCCCUGUCAGCACCUUAAAAAAUGUGUGGAAGACAGUUGGACUAUAUGCAUACUGGAGUUAGGUUGUAAAAGGUUAAGAGCUGUAAUGUUUUGAAGAAUUUGUUUUUUCUUUAGCCUGCGACGCUGCAGCACGAGCGACUCUGCAACACGAGCGGCAAAGCCCACGCGUUUCGAGAAGGCGAGAGGUGUGAGCGCGCGAGUUAUCCGCGAGCGUUUUAGCUAGGAGGAGAGUGUUACACAAUGAAGUAGACAAACGUUGGGUAUUCGCGAGAGGAUCAACUUUGGGCGCCCGGGCGAAAUUUCUAAGAAAAACCUAAGAAACAACUGCUGUCGCGCAAAUAAACAAAAGAAAAUCGAGAUGUUCCUAGAAAUUUGCAAAAGGAUGAAGAAGGAGGGAAAAGAAAACCCGAGAAUUUUCGAACCCGAAGUUUAUUCGAGUUCGUGUAUCCUGUUGCUUCACCGAAAAAAGUUAUACGCUUUUAACCCUUUACACCCUAACAUCAGUAUGGAUAUUCUCCAUACUGUUCUCCAUACAUUUCCAAAGAGGCUGACAUGGAGAAUUUGUUUAACAAUCAAGAGUUGCUUAAGUUGGUGAUCACCUCCUCUAUUCUCGUAACUUUCAUGUUUGAUUCAGGGGUGAUAAUGUAAGGAGAAUUUAGAUGCUUGUCACUCUUAGGGGCUAAAGGGUUAAACUCCAUGUGUAACUUGGUUUGUGUUGUUGUUUGUAACUUUUGUGAGAGAACUUGGUUCUGACAGCCUGAAAUCACGCCAGUCACUACAACGCACAUGCGCAGACGUUUGACCGCUGUGUUGUGUCAGACCUAUCUUAGACCUCUUGCACGCUCGUUCUGCUUUCCGAAUCUCUCUUGCUUUACUCGAACAGCAGUGCUAAUGAUUGCUUGCUUGCUGGGUAGAUUGAUGUGUAGAUGACUAUUUUAGGUUUUUAAAAAUCUAAAUAAGUGUUUUGAUCAAUAUCUGCUCAAUCUCUUCUGUUCGUUCCAAAAGCCAACUGCUCUUCACUUGGGGAUCGGGCCUUUGCUCAUGCUGCAUCUGUUUUAUGGAACUCGCUGCCAUUAACUGUAAGAACAAGUAGUAGCCUCGCCAUUUUUAAAAUGCAACUUAAAACAUUUCUAUUUAGGAAAGCUUUUAGUUUGUUUCAAUAGUUCUAAUGUUUAUUGCCUAGAACUUUGUAGAACUUUAACUUAUGUAAAGCGCUUCUGAAUACUGUUUAUAGUUUUAGCGCUAUAUAAAUUCCUUAUCAUUGAUAUUAAUAGGGCUCUUUAGACGCCAAAGCAGAUGAGGUUUUUAAUCUGGUUAUUAAGCAUCCUGAGGAUGCACACAAAUGGGGAGGAGACAUAACAGCUUCCUUUGUAAGUCAGAAGUAUUAGUAGAACUUUCAUCGUACUCUAUUUUCUUUUGUUAAUGUUUCGUUUUUCCUCAUUAUAGAACAAUUUCAAUUGAUUUUCGAUUGCAAUCUGGGAUUGGUUUGGUAUUGCGUUGCUCCACACUGUGAUUGGUCCAGAAAACUCGCCCCACUUUCUCAGCCAAUCAGAUGCAAAACUAAAACAAAUCAAGAAUUGGUCGCCCGCGUUUUCUCGCGCGUAAGAAAGUUUCGUUGUUUAAGCUUCGAGUUCUCAUUGGCUUUUAAAAGUAUUUCCUUUCUUCUGAUAGGCCGUUUUGAUUACUUUGGUUUUGGGUUUUGGGUUUGGGACACUUAUUAGAAAAGCGCUCAAUCGUCUUCGACUGAUUUCAUAUCGAGCUCUGAUCUCUGAAACAUUGUAGUAUGUGUGUGUCGUUGUUGUUGUUGUUGUUGUUUUUCUGUUUAAGCUUCAUCAAGUGCUUAGUUACUCAUUAAGAUCCGUGUCAGGUGGCUGACUUUACGUAGAUUACCCUGGCCAACAGCUUACGUUACCGCUUGGAAGUAUUUACAUGGUUGGGCAAUUUUGAGUUUCCCAUAGCCUUGAGCCUGGAAAGAUGAAACAAUGGUUUUGAACUAAGAUUUAUUAAAAGAAAUGUGUGCUAGCCCUAUUCUAAGAUCAAGAUACUUUAAAUUUUGUUUAAACUUCCAAAGUAUGAUCUCUAAUCAUCAUAUUUAUUUCAGGUCAUACGUCAAAUUGAUGAAAAUACGGAUAUUGUUUAUAAUUCCACUGGUGAAGCCGGCGGUGGAAUGGUGUCUAGUCGGUGAGUGCGCGUGCUCAGUGUUUAUUACUUUGAUUAAAAAUAAAAAAUUCUGUAUUUUAUGACCGUUAGAAUGAGUCACUGACGAGAAGCGUUUGGAAAUUUAGGGAUUUUGUGAAUUUGCGUCGAUGGGAAAAGCGAGGAGAUGUGUUUGUUUCAUGCAACGUAUCAGUUGAAUGUGAUGAGAUGCCACCGAAAAAGGAGCAUGUCAGGUAAAUAUGAGUUUUAUUUCAUGAGAUGCUAAAAGGAGACACGAUCUUUAAGCUGAUUUUAAAUGCCGGUGCUCAGAAAAUUGUCGUUAAUUGGGUUAAAAAGCUAAACUUAGCAAUUUUCUAGCGUAUGUUAGCUCCAAAGUUGCAGGAAUUGACCAAAAAAGGAUGGUCAGGAAUGGCAAAUAACAAAGAUUGUAUUAAACAAACUUAAAAAGUUUAAGCUGAGAGAUUUUUCUUUUAUUAAGAAGUUUAAGUAAGAUGGUUAUAGAAGAGAACGACUAUAUUCUACCUCAUGGCUCUUGCUUCUCUUACAACAGCCGAAUUAUAGUCAGUUAAAGUUUUUCUUAGAGUCCCCUGUCAAUUAUUUCCCUCGCCAGUUAUCCUUGUUGCGUUUUUCUUUAUCGUCGCCUCUUUCGUGUUUGUCUUGUUGUUCGUAACUGACAUUUCGUUGUGUCUUUCAAGUUGGAGGUAGUUUUGUAAGUCACUAAAUUUACUAGAAAUUAAAAAAACCUUUACUUUUUUAAGGCGAGAGGAGGCAAAAUUACUAUGCAUGACCGCUUAUGUUAAAUUUUUCCCAACUUUUCUCGCUUGAAACUGAUUAAGUCUUCUCAAUUUAUUUCCUUAGCCUUGUGUUUUGUUUAUUUUUGUUUUGAUUUUGUUUCUUCAGAGCCGCAAAUGGUCCAGGUGGCUGGGCUAUACGGGAGGCUGAAGGGAAUCCCAGCGGUACUGAAUAUGUUUGGCUGUUCGACGUGGACCUAAAGGUAAAAAUAGCUUGGCCAGCCAGGGUCUGAUCUAAAGAAAGAAGAAAUAGUAGUGAAAGUUUGGACUUGUCACGACGCAUUUUGGUUUCUAUGGUGUUGGUUUUGGCACCCGAUCGAUAAUUUGUGUUUAGCAGUACGUCACGAUUGUAUGACGUAAAACCAAUCACAAAGGCCAAUAAGGAGAAAGGUUAAUAUCUCAAGGAGCAAAUGAGGAGUCAAAAUAAAAACGAGUAAACAGCUUGAAGUGCGGGAAAACACAAGCAACCAAAUCGCGAUCCGUUUCAGUUUCGAAUUGGUGUAGACUGAUUGGUUUAGAAAGUGGCGCAAGUUUUGUGAACAAAUUUCAGAGCAUAGAGGAGCAAAACCAAAACAAUUCCGAAUAACUUUCGAUAAUCUUUUUCAAGUUACUCUAUAAGAGAGAGAAACAAAACAUAAACAAAUGAAAAAGAGGCUGAUGAAAGUUAAAUCAUCGAAUGAAAUAUACUCACAAAACCAACCGUUGCCAACAACACCACAAAGGGCGAAACUGGUUCUGUGCUGUCUUUAAGCUACUGACUUAAAAAGGAAUUCCCCAUUUGUGUGCAUCCGGCGUCAGAAUGGUUGUUGACCAGAUUAAAAACCUCCUCUGUUUUGGUGUCUAAAGAGCCCUGUCAAUCAUAACACUCAUUCCGAUUUGUCAAAACCUUAGUUAUUUUAAAAAAUUUGGCCUGCGAGUAAGCUAUCACCAGCACUGCCGUUCCAGGAAAGCUCGCGAGAUUCGGAAGGCGAAACGAGCGUGCAGGAGGUCGAAUAGGUAUUCAAUUAAAAUUGCAUUCAAUUUAAAAUUGUUAUAAAUGAAUGAUAGCGUUUUUAUCUUUUUUUUUUUUUUACUUACUAGGGAUGGUUACCACAGACAGUAAUUGACGCUGCCAUGUCCUUCAUGUUAUUCCAGACAGGACAAGGAUUAAAGGCUUACAUCCAGGAACAACUUGGCUGAUUGAAGAGGCUAGGCGAGAAACGAAGAGACACGGCCGCGUGAAAAGAGACUUGGAACCGAAAAAAAAAACUCUCUGCAAAAUGUCAUAUCAGGAGUGGUACAAUUUUUACAACAAAGCUUAGCGUGGAGACAUAAUUAAUUUGAUACUGUUGGGAUGUAAAACACAGCGUCUGGUCACAGUGGGGCCAAGUCAUUUUCAACCUUCAGCCUAAAUUUUUUAUUUACGUCUUUUGCAAUCCCCAUCAUUUUUCCUUCGUCUUAAAUUAUCGUAAUUCUUUUUUAAAGUUUUCUCCACUCUUUUGGUAACGGCUAUCUUAAAUCACAUUUUAAUUACAAGAGUCUUCCACAGGGCGAAAAUGGUUGCCGGAUAUCCUGUAAGGAAACGAAGGGUUUUUUUUAAGGUUUGACUGGUGGAUUUGGUCUCACAGUUUUCCUCACCCAUGGCGUUCAGGAUGAAAUACCAAAGGAAAUGCUUUUAUUUUUAUAUUUUUGCCCCCGCAACUACUGUUCAUCAGUUUUGAAGUGAUGAGUGUUUUAUUGGUAGAUGGCAACAGACUACGUGAUCGUGCGGUUGGCUUAAUACUUCAGAUUUCAAUUGUUUCGUUUUUUUUUAAGCCGGUGAUUUUUAAAAGGAGUGAUUUAGAUUUAGUGUUGAUGUAGAUUUAGUUUCUUUCGGGGAGGGAAGCGCCCAUUUGUUUCCAAUACCUACGAAAGUAAAACUGUUCAUGUAGAGAUUAAUACAUGGGUGCGCGUAGAUAUGGAAAUCUCUUCGAGUGUUCAACACGAUAGCUAACGAGUGUGCGCAGCGAGCGAGUGAGAUGUCGAGUUGAACGCGAGAAGAGAAAUUCCAUAGAUAGUGACUGGUUGCUAAAACCUUGUGGUUUCAUGAACCAUUUAACUCCCAGGAUCCGAUUGUUAAUUCUCCCCUCUAGCUGCAACACAUUUCCUCGUAAAUUAGUUGCAAGAAUUUGGUGUUAGAUCAAGACAACAACUCCUACCUGAUACAUUUGAGUACUCUCAUUACCUGUUUGCUGGAUAGUGGAUGAUAUGCUAGGGAGAGGUUACAUGUGAAUCACUUCUGGGAGUUAAAGGGUUAAGAAGGGGACGCCGGAAGCAGAAUGGCUAAGGAUACCAGUUGGCUUGAAGCCGUUAGGAGAUUUUAAUAGUAUUUUUAUAAUUUCAAAGAUUAAUUAAUGAUUUAAAUUUUUCACAACCAUUUCAGUGGAUGACAACUUGUUCCCCAUGCACUAAUUCUGACCCUCCUUUUCACCUCAACCCUUUACUCCCAAGAUCUCAUUAGCAAUUCUCCUUAUUUUCUGCCAUACAAUUUCUAUGAUGUUACUUCGGAGAAUUUGGUAUUGAUCAAUUGAUAUUCCACUAUUUGAUAUUUAUCUUUAUUCUCUUUACUGAUCUGUUUGACAUGGUAUUGAUAUUGUGAGGAGAAAUUCUGUGUUGGUUACUAAUGGGAGUGAUGGUGUACGGGGAACGCAGAGGCAUUCGCUUCGUAUAUCUUUUAAGAGUUUGUUUUGAAAUUUCCCAGAAUUUUCUUUUAUGCUAGAUUUUGUUUUAUUAUUCAUAGGUAUGGUGGUUUAGAUAAAGUGAGUUUUAUAUUUUCGUACUUAUAUGAAUUAUAUUGGGUCAUUUUAAAUGUACCAGAAGAUGCAAAUAGAAAUAUAUACGGAGCUCUGAAUAGUCGUAAGUCACAAGUUUUGUAAGUAAAAUAUGAAAAAAAGCAGGAGCCCAGUAAUGGGCUCCUGAAAAGAGAUAUUGUCGCCCAUUUUCUCAGUCGGGGCAAAACACCAAGUACGGGAGUGUGGUGCCUAGAGGAAACCGAAGUUUUUGCUUUAUUUGCAAGUUCGCCCCCGACGAUUUCACCCCAAAAUUAACAAGAACCACCCAAAGCAGGGGUGCUGAAUUUCUAAAGUGGCUGCCUCACAUUUUUUCAAUGCUCACAAGGAAGUGAUAAACGCUAUAGAAGCAAAUUCAACACCGAAGAGCA